AUGUCACCUUCGAUGGUCGAUUCUAUCAAAGCCGGAACUGGCGCCUCCGUCGCGACCCCCAGCAAAGUCUAUGCACCUAUCGUCGCGAACGUUGAAGCCACAUCACCGAAAACCGACACCAGUGGUGAUACCCUUCAUGAUGACGAGAGCUCCGAUGUUCGCUCUAGUGGCGACGGUCUCCCGACUCCCAACAGCCCCAUUAGUCCAGAGAGUCUCAACUUUAAUGGCCUGUCCAUCACUGGCGGUGGUGUUGAUCUUCGCAAGAACAGUGUAGAACGUUAUAACAAUCCCUUCCAGCGCAUGCAGAAACAGCACAACAAGCCCAGCGCUUACAGUCCUCCUGGCCGUGACUUCCGUAGCAAUCGUCAGCUAGGAGCCCCGUACAACGGCCAAAGUGGUGGAGGCUUCCGACAGUCGCGUACCUGGAUGUCUCCGGAUGCACAGGUGCAGCAGGAGUUCCUCAUGGUGCGCAACGCGAUGCGUCGCCUGUUCAAGAACUCCGACAUUGCCAAGUGGAAGCUCAGUGACUACGUUGCUCACAAAGAGGCAAUGUUAGCAUCCCAGUCCAAUAAGCUUGCGAACAAGGUCAAGAACAGGGAAGACGCCCUAGCCAUGUCUUCUCCCAUCCCCGCCGAUAUCCAAAAGGUUCUUACUAGGUGCGGUAUCGAAGGCAACUUUGAAGAUGUCGGAAACUUCGGUCGGGCUCUUGGCGAGCAAACCAUCUGGUGCAACGACUGGGUGAACGGCAAGGAUGAGAUCGCACCCUGGCCUUCCAUGGCGGAGAUGAAGUGGGAAGGAGAUGACCGGGCCAAGACUGGUGUUGGUCGCUUCCUUCCUCUUCCCCGUGAGGAGGGCCCUCCAGGUCUUAUGUGGAACCAGCUCCCUGUCAUUGAGCAGUAUCCUAUCAACCAAGUCUGCAAGAUUCCUACCAUGGAAGAUGUCUAUCUUCCCGUCGACUACGAUAUCGAACCAGACCAUGAGUAUCUCUGGAGCAGGGAAUUGGCGAAGGACAUUGACGCCUUCCUGGAGUCAUAA